AUCAGUUGACAAGAUGUAACCUCAACAGCGAGAUUCGCCGCGGAUUUCAAUAGGACUACGACACGCGAGGUGAAUUUAUACCACGCGAGAAUGGCACGCUUGUUUAAUAGAUUAACAAUUCGCGAGAUUGCAAAAUCGCAAGUUGUCAGAUAUAAACAUAAAGCGGAUCAUUGGUCUGUGGUUAGGAAGAAAAAAACGCACAUGGACAAGGCUUUGAAACAUUUCGAUGAAUUUUAUGGUAAUGUUUAUGGAAAAUCAUGGGAAGAUAUAAGAACUGCGCUAUUGAUGGAAACGCACAAGUAUAUGGCUGUUGUAAAUAGCUUUAGCGAUUUAGACAGAGUAAAAUCAGAGAUGGAGAAUCAAGGUGCCAUGAACCUAAGAGCAAUUUACGAAACUUAUAAGGAAGAUUUUGAUGCACAAUUAUCCGAAUCUAAUAAAAAGAAGAGAAAAAAAGAGCUAGCAAGAAAUCAGGAAACAGAAUCUGCAAUUAGUGAUGCUCAGAUAUCAGCGAUACAAUCGCACUAUCCGACGGAUUAUACAUCGCCGCCUGUGUCUUUAAGUACAAUGAAUGAUGAUGAAGAUAUAGUGAUGGAAAGUCAAGGGCAACAGCCUGUAGCAAUGAAAUCUAUCGAAUCAAAUUUGAAUGAAAUAUCAGUGGAUGAAAAUCGAAUUAUACAUCCUAAUGCUGGUUUGAGUGGACUAUAUGAAUUUGUACCAGCCACAAAAAUUAAAGGUAUGGAAGAUUGGGUAUUAGAGUCACAACACUAUGGCUAUUAUAAAGAAGGCGCGGAUUUUUCCGUAAAAAUCGAGAAGGAAAUAAUGUUAACAUUUCCACAAUAUCUCAACAUCUAUACAUUUGAGGAAAACAACGAUAGUAAAUUUUCAUAUCCAAAGAAAGGAUCCACGGGAGUCUUAGAUUAUUAUCUUCUUGAUGGUGCUUCUGUAUUGCCGGUGUUGGCCUUGGACUUGCAGCCUGGCGAUGCUAUGCUAGACAUGUGCGCAGCACCAGGGGGAAAGACUCUAAGUGCUCUUCAAACACUCCUACCACAUACAAUAGUUGCUAAUGAUGUUUCCCAGUCGAGAGUAAAAAAGAUCCACAAUGUCAUAGAUCAAUUUGUAGCUGAUAUUGGCCAAUGGCAAGAUAGACUACAUGUGACGGGACGAGAUGCGAGAUACAUUGAUGACAAAGAUUUAUAUAACAAAAUCUUGGUGGAUGUACCAUGUACCACAGACAGACAUGUCUUACAUUCGGACAAUAACAAUAUCUUUAAACCACAGAGAAUUCGAGAGAGAUUACAAAUACCAGAAUUGCAAGCCGCUAUUCUAACUAACGCUUUAAAAAUAAUAUCGGUUGGUGGAACAGUCGUGUACUCUACCUGUUCCCUGAGUCCUAUUCAAAACGACGGCGUCGUAGGUAUGGCGUUAAAAAAGGCCUGGGAAGACACCAACUCUAUUAUGGUCAUAAAAGAUAUGAAAGAAGCAUUAAUGCCAUUGAGAUGCCUUUUCAAAUUUCGUGAUUUUGCAUUAAAAUAUGGCCAUAUUGCCAUUCCAACACUCGCUAACAAUUGGGGUCCCAUGUAUUUUUGUAAAAUAGUGCGGAUACGAUAGUAACAUAAGGUAAUGUUUGAUCGCUCGUUUCAUCAGACGUUUUAAUUUUGUUCCAUGGUUGCUCGUUGCCGCUCCCAAAAAUAGUAUAAACCAGUAUCUCGAUUAUAUAUAAAAUGAUCGUUACGAGGAAUACAAUUCUCCAUGCCUCUAUGGUUUGCUGUAAAAAUAAAAUGAAGAUAUAAUCACUUUCACUCUGUGGAUUUAGAUAUUGUUUUUAUAUUAUUACUUACAUUUCCGUGAGUUAAUUUUCCUACAAAUACCGGUACAACGAAACCGGGUAUAGUGGCGACAAAAUUUGUCAUCGCCAUCAGACUGCCAGCAAAGUUGGGCGCGAUAUCUAUGUGAUUUGCCAAGAAGCCGCAGUACAUUCCGCCGAUGCAGGCCACUGCGAUUGUCAUCAACAAAACUACUAUCAUACGAUUGCACCCGACAUAUGACACUUGUAUCAAACAGACCAUGGGUACGAGAGACGC